CUGGGCUGUGGCUCCACCUGGGAGCUCCUUCGGGCCAUUACCUGCACAGGGAGCCCUGACCAUGGCUCCUUGGCCUGAACUGGAAAAUGCCCAGCCUAACCCCAACAAAUACAUGGAGGGGGCUGCUGGCCAGCCGUCCAUCACACCUGCCAAAGACAAGGAAAACCACCACAAGGAACCCGGCGUCCCCAUAACCAAGAUCGAACUUCUGCCGUCUUACUCUACGGUGGCUCUGGUGGAGGAGCCCGCGGAGGAGGGAGACCCCUGGGACCUGCCUGCCCUUCAGGACAAGGGCAUCAAGUGGGCAGACAGGGACACCAGAGGGAAGUUUCUCUGCGUCUUCCAAGGGGCCGGGAAAUUGCUGACCGUGAGGACCGCCAUCCCCAUUAUCAUGGGGGCCAACAUCGGGACCUCCAUCACCAACACCAUCGUGGCGCUCAUGCAGGCGGGAGACCGCAAUGAGUUCCGGAGGGCUUUUGCAGGCGCCACCGUCCACGACUUCUUCAACUGGCUGUCGGUGUUCGUGCUCCUGCCCCUGGAGGCCGCCACCCACUACCUGGAGAUCCUCACCAACCUCGUGGUCGAGACCUUCCACUUCAAGAAUGGAGAAGAUGCCCCCGCGCUUCUGAAAGUGAUCACUGAUCCCUUCACGAAGCUCAUUAUCCAGCUGGAUAAAAAAGUGAUCAACCAAAUCGCAAUAAAUGAUGAGUCAGCCAAAAACAAGAGUCUGGUGAAGAUCUGGUGCAAAGUUUUCACCAACAUGACUCAGGUGAAUGUCACCGUCCCCGCACCUGAGAACUGCACCGCCCCUUCCCUCUGCUGGACGGAUGGUGUCUCCACCUGGACCAUCAAGAACGUGACCUACAGGGAGAACAUCGCCAAGUGCCAGCACAUCUUUGUGAAUUUCAACCUCCCAGACUAUGCUGUUGGCAUCAUCCUGCUGAUCGCCUCCCUGCUGGUCCUCUGUGGCUGCCUGAUCAUGAUUGUGAAGCUCUUGGGCUCGGUCCUUAAGGGGCAGGUAGCUGCUGUGAUUAAGAAGACACUCAACACUGAUUUCCCCUUCCCCUUCGCCUGGGUGACCGGCUACCUGGCCAUCCUUGUGGGAGCCGGCAUGACCUUCAUCGUGCAGAGCAGCUCCGUGUUCACAUCGGCCAUGACCCCGCUGAUUGGCAUCGGCGUCAUCUCCAUCGAGAGGGCCUAUCCGCUCACGCUGGGCUCCAAUAUCGGCACCACCACCACCGCCAUCCUGGCCGCCCUAGCCAGCCCAGGCAACACCCUGAGGAGCUCACUCCAGAUUGCCCUGUGCCACUUCUUCUUCAACAUCUCCGGCAUCUUGCUGUGGUACCCCAUCCCGUUCACCCGCCUGCCCAUCCGCCUGGCCAAGGCGCUGGGCAACAUCUCAGCCAAGUACCGCUGGUUUGCCGUCUUCUACCUGAUCUUCUUCUUCUUCUUGACCCCGCUGGCAGUGUUCGGCCUCUCGCUGGCUGGCUGGCCAGUGCUGGUGGGUGUGGGGGUGCCCAUCAUCCUCAUCAUCAUUCUGGUGGUGGUCAUCAAGCUCCUGCAGUCCCGCUGCCCCAGCAUCCUGCCCUUGAAGCUGCGGACCUGUCACUGCCUGCCCUCGUGGAUGCGCUCGCUCAAGAUCUGGGACAGCCUGAUCUCCAACUGCUGGCAGAAGCGCUGCUGCUGCUGCCAGAUCUGCUGCCAGAUCUGCUGCCGGAUCUGCUGCCUGAUGUGUGGCUGCUCCAAGUGCUGCUGUCACUGCAGCAAGUGCUGUGAUGAGGUGGAGGAGGUGCAGGAUGUCGUCAUCAAAGCCCCCGAGGCCUUUGAUAACUUGGCCAUGGGCAGGGAGGCCCAGGAUGGGCGGCCCAAGCCCCCAGUGGACGCCCUGUGUACAAAGUCCAUCUCUAACAGCACAGCUUUCUAGACGACUCCCCAAAGCAGGAGCAAGGGUCCCUAGCCCCACGUGUUCCUUUUCCUCCUGGUCCUGCUUGUCUUUCUCCAUCACAGGAUGUUGCUCCCAACUGAGAAAUGGAGUUGGCCUCAGUCCCAGGGUGUUCAUUUCAGCUCUUGCUCCUGGGUCUUCUGCUCCAGGAUGGUGAUAUCUGAGUUGUGCAUCGGGGCUAGUGCAAGAGCAUGCCCCCCCGCCCCCAC